UGUGGAACAGAAAAAGGCACAUCCUUGUUACCAGUCCAUCGCAGUGGAUCGUAAAAAACAGAUUGGAGAAAAACAGUGUGUAAGAUGUCCUUUAACCAGACACUUCAAUCAACAAAAUCUGGAGUUAGUUCCAGUCAGGCAACUGGAAGCACUAACAAACGGAGAAAAGGUCUACUGCAAGACAAUAGCUGGAUUAAGAGAGGUGCCGAGGAAGAUGAGCCAGUGGAUGAUGACCCCAACUAUGGAAGAGAUGUAUUGGGCGGCCUCAAACCAUCAACUAAGAUUGAAAGUAUACCAGCAAAGCCCAAUCAGACCAGCACAGUGAGGACCAGCACUUCGACCAGCUCAGUUACCAAGAGGCAGUUUGGUGGAAGUCAGGAGUUGCUAAAUAAAAGCAGUGACACGACUACAAAAAGCAGUGUGACCAGUGUCAGUUCCACUACUCCCACCUCCCCUACCAAACCUCCAGUUCCUGCCAAGAAGCCUGGUCCUACAACACCAACAAACAGUUUUACAGCUCGGGUGUUCUCAGGUGCAAACUCCAGCGAUAAAUUGCUUAGCCCUGUUAAAAAAUCUGUGGAUGAUAAGUCUCCAGUAUUAAAUGAUCCGCCUAAGGCAGUUACCAGCAGCACUGAGAAAGAAAACUUUAUGCCUCCAUCACCUACAAUUACAUCAGUGAGAAAGACAACUGUAACCAAUACAACCCCAGAAAAGACUCAAACUUCCAUUACUGAAACUAAAACAGAAACCUACGCAAAGGGUGUUGAGCUGAGCAAUUAUAAUUCGAUUAAACCUACUGCAACUACCAGAACAACUAUUACCUCAACCUCGAGCUAUGAUAAAGCUCCCAGACUGGAUGAUAUGGACUUGAUGACUCCCACACUGUCUCAGAGUGUGUACACCAACCCUGUCAGAAUGAUAGUGGAUUCAUCUGUGAAAUCAACUGUGACUCCAAGGGUGUCACAGAUGACUUUUGUAAAUCCAACACCUGUACCAUCAACUACAACCAGGAUUGUCGGUAAAAGAGAUCUCUGCUCCUUUUGUGCUAAAAGCAUUGUUGAAGGAGAGAGGGUCAUUUUGGAUGACCUUAAUAUCUUCAGUCACACAUUUUGCUUCAAGUGUGAGUCAUGUUAUCGUUCUUUGGGCAAUCUGGAGGCAGGUGACACUCUGUGGGUGCACAAGGGAAGGGUGACUUGUGAAAGCUGUUUUUCAAAGACCAGAGAUCACUGGUAUCACUGAAGACAUCACCAUCUUGAAAAAAAUACCUACUGGACAUUUAAACGUAAUGCCUUUUGUACAUGGAAAUUAAUUUCUUUAGCAUGUUUACUGGGAAAAAGGGAAGAUAGAUAUAUGCAAAAUUUACAGUAGAACAAUAAAAGGCUAUAUUCUUUGUGGUAAUUAUUCAUUAUUCAUGUCCGUUCUUGAGUAUAAGGCAAUAAAU